UCGCCACCCCCGACGAUGUACAAGCUCGCACUGCUCGCCGCCAGCGCCAGCGCGCUGUCGCGCCCGGCCACGAAGCUCUCGGCGACGGCGACGGCGCCCGCGCCGACGUGGGACGACCACGUCGCCAUCGACGCGCCGCCGGAGACGCUGUGCAAGGGCCUCGACGGCAACGAUAGCAUGCGACGGAAGUUCGAGGUCAUGCUGCGCGCGGCCCAGAACAAGAUCACGUCGGCCGUCGAGGAGCUCGACGGCGAGGGCACGUUCAAGCAGGACGUCUGGGAGCGGGAGAACGGCGGCGGCGGCAUCUCGCGCGUCAUGAGCGGCGGCAAGGUCUUCGAGAAGGCCGGCGUGUCCCUGAGCGUCGUCUACGGGUCCAUGCCCCAGGAGGCGCUCGCGAGCGCUACCGAGCGCGGCGUGGACCGCGCGGCGGGCAUGAAGCCCGGCGAGCGCGUGCCGUUCUUCGCGUGCGGCCUGAGCAGCGUCAUGCACCCGCGGAACCCGAUGGCGCCGACGAUGCACUUCAACUACCGCUACUUCGAGACCGACGGCGGCGUCUGGUGGUUCGGCGGCGGCACGGACAUCACGCCGGCCUACCUCUUCGAGGAGGACAUGAAGCACUUCCACGGCACGUACAAGGAGAUCUGCGACAAGCACGACCCCGAGUACUACGCCAAGUUCAAGAAGUGGGCCGACGAGUACUUCGUCAUCAAGCACCGCGGCGAGACGCGGGGCCUCGGCGGCAUCUUCUUCGACGACCAGAACAACAAGGACCCGGACACGCAUUUCGCGUUCUCCGAGGAGUGCGUCAACGCGGUGACGGAGGCGUACCUGCCCGUCGUCGCCAAGCGCAAGGACUCGCCCUUCACGGAGAAGGAGAAGGAGUGGCAGCUCAUGCGCCGGGGCCGCUACGUCGAGUUCAACCUCGUCUACGACCGCGGCACGGUCUUCGGGCUCAAGACGGGCGGCCGCAUCGAGUCCAUCCUCAUGUCGCUGCCGGAGACGGCGCGCUGGGAGUACGACUUCAAGGUCGAGCCGGACUCCAAGGAGGCGGAGAUCAUGGACUGCUUCAAGAACCCCCGCGAGUGGGUCUAGGGCGCGCGACCGCGCUCGCCGUUCGCCGCCUAUCGCCCCCCCGAGGGUCGUCCUAACUCUCACCACUC